UAUUAUAUAUGUAUUUUCUAUAUGAAAGAAUACUGUUUACAGGAACUUUGACCUGUCGCCAGUCCGGAUGAACUCGACGUUUGUUGUCCCCCCACCACCGGAGCAGUCGCUGAACGCCUCGUUUGACCUGACGGUACAGGAUGACGAUGAUCCCGUCUGCAUAUCGGAGAGAUCUUUAGGUGAUGCGCCCCUCACUGACACCGUCGUGGUAGACGAGGACACCACCUACGAGAUCGUGGAGAGCGGGACCAUCCGUCGCUGCCGGAAGCUGAUCGCCACCGAUGGCUAUUCAUACACGGUUAAGAGCUCCAACCCCACCACAACUCAGUGGAGAUGCGCUGUCCGGAACCGAUCGACAUGGUGCCGCGCUUCCGUCAGCCAGAGAGGAACCACGUUCACGCCCGGAUCAGCAGACCACAUCCACCCUCCUGACCAUUCCACAGCCAUGCUUGUCCGUGUCAAGAAACAGAUCUGGGAAGAUGCCAACGCUCAGCCGUUUACAUCUGCGCAGACGAUAGUGGAGGAGAAGCUGCAGGCCAACGUUGAUGACGACGACUUCGACUUGCCGAAGCCCGCCAACCUGAUCCGGCGUAGAGGGAGUAUACCAACAUCUCCGCGCCGACCAGUUCACAGUCGAACAAGGCCAUGCCACACCCAGGAGGCAGGUCACACACACACAAAAAAAAAAAAAACAAAACAUUUUGGUUCUUGAAAGAGGAGGCCUCCACGUGGCAAGAACUGGUAACGGUAUACAUCGUUUAAAUGCAUGCAUAUACAUGCGACGAAAUGAUAUAUACCGGCUGACAUCCUCUUAUAACUUAUAUGCAAUAAAUUGUUAUGGCAGGGGAAGUAACCGCAAUACAAUAUACAUUUUAGUUCUUGCUAGUUACCUCCCCUAUUAAUAAAGCAGGAAAUGAUUUCAAAACAAUAAAAUUAUAAAAUAUUACCUCCAUUAUUAAUAACAUUCAUUACAUGUUACAGUAUAGCCCGUCACACUAUUAUAUAUUAUAAAUAGAGGCCGAGGUGUCCAGGCCGAGAAAGUAUUGGGGCCGAGGUGUCUUAGGCCGAGGACGGUAC